AUGCCAAAUUCAAAAAAAAAAGAAUUUUGUAAUACACUAGUUCCUAUUUUUACUAGUGCAUGCACUUAUAUUCCAAAUACUUUUCCUAAAGAUCUGGAUACUUCUUCUGAAGAUAAAAGAGCUAUAUGA